AGAGAAGGUAAAUUGUGACUAACAGUGUGAUAGCAGUUGUCUAAUUUCAUUUAUAAACUUGAUGGCUUUAUAUUUUUGCCAUGUGGGUAUAUUGCUGUAUUAAAUCUUUUUCCUGUGCUUAUUCAUCAAAACGUAAACUCACCUUUGCAUCCCAAGUGGUGCAGUAUAAGAGGGAAUGAAUUCUCAGGAUUAGCUAAGCAUACACUGGGUUUUUUAGCUGAGGCAACAUGACGGCGAUCAAACACGCGCUGCAGAGAGACAUCUUCACGCCCAACGACGAGCGUCUCCUGAGCAUCGUGAAUGUCUGCAAAGCGGGCAAGAAGAAGAAGAACUGCUUCCUGUGCGCUACAGUGACAACCGAACGGCCUGUGCAGGUGAAGGUGGUUAAAGUGAAGAAAUCCGACAAGGGGGAUUUCUACAAGAGGCAGGUUACCUGGGCACUACGAGAUCUUGCUGUGGUGGAUGCCAAAGAUGCUGUGAAAGAGAAUCCUGAAUUUGACUUACAUUUUGAAAAAAUAUACAAGUGGGUUGCCAGCAGCACAGCUGAAAAGAAUGCAUUUAUUUCCUGCAUUUGGAAGUUGAAUCAGCGCUACCUCCGGAAGAAGAUUGAUUUUGUCAGUGUUAGUUCACAACUUUUGGAAGAAUCUGUUCCGAGUGGGGAGAAUCAGAGCGUGACGGGAGGUGAUGAGGAAGCCGUGGAUGAAUACCAGGAGCUAAAUGCAAGAGAAGAACAGGACAUUGAGAUCAUGAUGGAAGGCUGUGAAUACGCCAUCUCCAAUGCCGAGGCCUUUGCAGAGAAAUUGUCCAGAGAGCUGCAGGUGCUGGACGGGGCCAACAUCCAAUCAAUAAUGGCUUCUGAAAAGCAAGUCAACAUCCUGAUGAAGCUGCUAGACGAGGCUCUAAAGGAGGUGGACCAGAUUGAAUUAAAGCUGAGCAGUUAUGAGGAAAUGCUGCAGAGUGUGAAAGAACAGAUGGACCAGAUCUCUGAGAGCAACCACUUGAUCCACCUCAGUAACACCAACAAUGUGAAACUGCUCUCGGAGGUAGAAUUCCUGGUGAACCACAUGGACUUGGCCAAAGGGCACGUGAAGGCGCUCCAGGAAGGUGACCUGGCUUCGUCCCGAGGCAUCGAGGCCUGCACCAACGCCGCUGAUGCCCUGCUGCAGUGCAUGAGUGUGGCCCUCAGACCAGGCCACGACCUGCUCCUGGCGGUCCAGCAGCAACAGCAGCGCUUCAGGGACCUCAGAGAGCAUUUUGCCCGCAGGCUGGCCAACCACCUCAACAACGUUUUUGUUCAGCAGGGUCAUGAUCAGAGUUCAACUCUUGCCCAACACUCCAUUGAACUGACUCUGCCCAAUCAUCAUCCGUUCCAUAGAGACUUGCUCCGAUAUGCCAAGCUGAUGGAGUGGCUGAAGAGCACAGAUUAUGGAAAAUACGAAGGACUAACAAAGAAUUACAUGGAUUAUUUGUCCCGACUCUACGAAAGAGAAAUCAAAGAUUUCUUUGAAGUUGCAAAGAUCAAGAUGACUGGUACAACAAAAGAAAGCAAGAAGUUUGCUACACUGCCUCGAAAAGAAAGUGCUGGCAAACAGGAAGCAGAGAGUCUUCAUGGGAGUUCUGGAAAGCUAACUGGAUCGACUUCUAGUCUAAAUAAACUCAGCGUCCAGGGCUCAGGGAAUCGCAGGUCGCAGUCCUCGUCACUGUUGGAUAUGGGCAACAUGUCUGCCUCUGACCUUGAUGUCGCUGACAGAACCAGGUUCGAUAAGAUCUUUGAACAGGUGCUAAGUGAACUGGAGCCGCUCUGUUUGGCAGAACAGGAUUUCAUAAGCAAGUUUUUCAAGCUGCAGCCACAUCAAAGUAUCCCUGGAACUACGACUGAAGCCGAGGACCUGGAUGGAGGGAUAUUGUCACGACAGCAUCAUCCCGGGGCACCACUGAAUGUUGCAUCCGAGAAAGAUAUAAUCCGUCAAAUGAUGAUUAAAAUAUUCCGCUGCAUUGAGCCAGAGCUGAACAACCUCAUUGCGUUAGGAGACAAGAUCGAUAGCUUCAACUCGCUGUACAUGCUGGUGAAGAUGAGCCAUCACGUGUGGACCGCACAGAACGUGGACCCCGCCUCCUUCCUGAGCACCACGCUCGGCAACGUCCUGGUCACUGUCAAGAGGAACUUCGACAAGUGCAUUAGUAACCAGAUAAGACAGAUGGAAGAAGUAAAAAUCUCAAAGAAGAGUAAAGUCGGGAUUCUUCCAUUUGUUGCUGAAUUUGAAGAGUUUGCUGGACUUGCAGAGUCGAUCUUUAAGAAUGCGGAGCGUCGUGGAGAUCUAGACAAGGCCUAUACGAAACUCAUCCGAGGCGUGUUUGUCAAUGUGGAGAAAGUGGCCAGUGAAAGCCAGAAGACCCCCAGGGAUGUGGUUAUGAUGGAAAACUUCCACCAUAUUUUUGCAACGCUUUCCCGUUUGAAGAUUUCCUGUCUGGAAGCUGAGAAAAAGGAAGCCAAGCAGAAGUACACAGACCACCUGCAGUCUUACGUCAUUUACUCCUUAGGGCAGCCUCUUGAAAAAUUAAAUCAUUUCUUUGAAGGCGUGGAAGCCCGGGUGGCACAGGGCAUAAGAGAGGAGGAAGUGAGCUACCAGCUUGCAUUUAACAAGCAGGAACUCCGCAAAGUGAUCAGAGAGUACCCUGGGAAGGAAGUGAAAAAGGGCCUGGACAACCUGUACAAGAAGGUGGACAAACAUCUGUGUGAGGAAGAGAACCUGCUGCAGGUGGUGUGGCACUCCAUGCAGGAUGAGUUCAUACGCCAGUACAAGCACUUCGAAGGACUGAUUGCUCGCUGCUAUCCGGGAUCCGGGGUCACCAUGGAGUUCACUAUUCAGGACAUUCUGGAUUAUUUCUCCAGUAUUGCACAAUCCCACUAGGCCUUGUGCGAGAAGAACAGGCUAAGAAACACCCAGAGUACCUCAGACACUAGAAAAUGUCAAGCAGCUGCUUUGGGAACGCAGACCGAAAAUUCUAUGUGUUACUAACGUCAGAUAAAGGUAUAUGUUACUACAGUGUUUUAAGUGCAGAAGUACCAGCCUACAUGACAGCUUUGCUUGCCCAGUCGGUUGUGUACUAACUUAAGCAUUUCUCUCAUCAGAAAAUGCUGUUAGCACUUUGCAGUAACUGAUCAGGACAUUUUGCUUUACUGCCUCUUGAGUUUGGGAGUGGUCAUCCUGUACCCAUAGCGCUGGGAGCUGUUCAGCAUCACUACUUCUGUGUUCCUUAUAAAUCAUGUAACUACUAAAAGACUGCAGGAUCGUUUUCCCUACUCUCUAACAAAUGUGGAUCAGGGAACUUGUGAAGUUGUCCGUGGUAAACUCACUUUAAGGAAGAUGUGACUAUGUAGUAAUAAAGACAUUUUUGAAGAAGUGA